AGAGACCAGGAGGAGAGACGAGGAGCAGAGACGAGGAGGAGAGACCAGGAGGAGAGACCAGGAGCAGAGACCAGGAGGAGAGACCAGGAGAGACCAGGAGGAGAGACCAGGAGCAGAGACCAGGAGCAGAGACCAGGAGCAGAGACGAGGAGGAGAGACGAGGAGCAGAGACCAGGACUUCAGAACAGAGCCAUGAGUGACCACGGUGGGAGUAUAGAGCGGCAGGCGAACAUACGCGCGCGGCAGGCCUUCCUCAGCGGGAGAGCGCGCCCCCUGGAGUUCAGACUACAGCAACUGCACGCACUGAUGAAGAUGAUCAAAGAACGAGAGUCGGACAUCGCCACAGCGCUGAAACAGGACCUGAACAGGAGCCAGUACGACACUCCUCUGCUGGAGCUCACGGGGCUGGAGAAUGACAUCAAAAUGGCCAUCAAUAAACUGGCUGUGUGGGCUGCUCCUCGCCCAGUGGAGCGCUCCGUCCUGACGCUCCGGGACCAGGUGUAUGUCCAGCCUCAGCCUCUAGGGGUCGUGCUCAUCAUCGGGGCCUGGAACUACCCCUGGGCCCUCACCCUGGGGCCGCUCAUCGGAGCCAUUGCUGCAGGAAAUGCAGCUGUGGUGAAGCCCUCAGAGCUCAGUGAGUGCUCCUCCCUCCUCCUCAGAGCCCUGCUGCCCAGAUACCUGGACAAGGACUUGUACCCGGUGGUCCCUGGGGGAGUGUCUGAGACUCAGGAGCUGUUGAGGCAGCGUUGGGAGCACAUCUUCUACACGGGCAGCAGCUCCGUGGGUCGACUGGUGAUGGAGGCUGCAGCCGCCCACCUGACCCCCGUCACCCUGGAGCUGGGGGGGAAGAGCCCCUGCUACGUCCACCCCGACUGCAACAUCAGGGUCGCAGCCAGGAGAAUCACAUGGGGGAAGUUUGUGAACUGUGGUCAGACCUGCAUCGCUCCAGACUAUGUUCUGUGUGACCCCAGUGUCCAGAACCAGCUCAUCGAGUGCAUCCGGCUCACUCUGCUGGAGUUUUACGGCGCAGAUCCAAAGAGUUCUCCAGAUUAUGGACGAAUCAUAAACCAGAGACACUUCAACAGAAUCAUGAGUCUAAUGGAGGGAUACACCCCCGUGAUCGGAGGACAGAGCGACGCCUCACAGAGAUAUAUAGCUCCCACAGUUCUGAGGGACGUGCCUCCUCAGUCCAGGCUGAUGCAGGAGGAGAUCUUCGGGCCGGUGCUCCCUCUAGUGGCCGUGAGCGACAUCGACGACGCCAUUCGCUUCAUCAACGAGCGAGAGAAGCCUCUGGCCCUGUACGUGUUCUGCACCGAUCAGAAGGGCAUAGACAAGAUGUUAGAGGAGACGUCCAGUGGAGGGAUCCUGAUCAACGAUGUUCUGAUGCACUACACCCUCAACUCUCUGCCCUUUGGAGGAGUCGGUCAGAGCGGAAUGGGCCGGUACCACGGGAAGCACUCGUUCGACCAGCUGAGCCACCAUCGCUCCUGCCUGGUGCGCUCGCUGACGAUGGAGAGCGUGCACCUGUCACGUUACCCGCCGCAGGACCGGAGGAGGGCGCGGCGGGCGAAGAUGGCCAUGACCGCUCCCCUAGUGGACAUGUCGCGCCGCACUUUCAUCUGGGCCGUCAGCGCCACCGUCGUCGCCCUGGGGCUCACGGUCACCCUAGUGGUCAUUCUGCUCAUUGCAGCCGGACUCAACUGCACCUGCUGGUACUGGAGGGGAAUUUACAACUACUUCUGGUGA